AUGUGCUUACCUGAGACCAUAUCAUGGCCGUAUCUAAACGAAAAAAAAAAAACCGUAAUGUGCCUAAGCCAGAACCAUGAGCGUAUUUGGGACAACAUCAUGGCCGUAUCUAAGCCACAAACCGUAGAUUGCCUAAGCCCAAAUUAUUUGCGUACCCGAGAAGCCAUCAUGGCUGUAUCUAAGCCAAAAACUACAAAAUGCCUAAGUCAAAAUCAUGAGUGUACCCGGGACAACAUAUCUAAGCCAAAAACUAUAAUGUGCCUAAGUCAAAAUCGUGAGCGUACCCGGGACAACAUCAUGGCCGUAUCUAAGGCCCAGCCCGUAACUUGCCUAAGCCCAAAUUACUUGCGCACCCGAGAAGCCAUCAUGGCUGUAUCUAAGCCCCAAACCGUAGAUAGCCUAAGCCCAAAUUAUUUGCGUACCCGAGAAGCCAUCAUGGCUGUAUGUAAGCCAAAAACUAUAAUGAGCCUAAGUCAAAAUCAUGUGCGUACCCGGGACAACAUAUCUAAGCCAACAACUAUAAUGUGCCUAAGUCAAAUCCAUGAGCGUACCCGGGACAACAUCAUCGCCGUAUCUAAGGCCCAACCCGUAACUUGCCUAAGCCCAAAUUACUUGCGCACCCGAGAAGCCAUCAUGGCUGUAUCUAAGCCAACAACUAUAAUGCGUCUAAGUCAAAAUCAUGAGCGUACCCGGGACAACAUCAUGGCCAUAUCUAAGCCAAAAAAUAUAAUGUGCUUAUUCAAAAUCAUGAGCGUACCCAGGACAACAUCAUGGCCGUAUAUAAACCCCAAACCAUAUCGCGCCCAAGCUAAUAUCAUGAGCGCGCCUGAGACAGCAUCUUGGUCGUGUCUAAGCCAAAAACCGUAA